AUUACAGUCACAUCCACCACCGCCACUCCCACUCCCACCACCCUUCCACCCUCCCUUACCUUCUCCCUCACCACACUGACGCUGCCACUGCCACCAGGGGCCUCUCUUUGCUGCUGCCGCCCGGCCUUCCGUUGCCUCUCGCUCACGUUCCCUCAGACCACGCACCGCGCCCGGACAAGGCGACUUCGAGAAGCUUUCCAUCGCUCCUUCAUCACCGCGCCCGCGCCCGCGCCCGCACCUUCACCACCACCAUGGCCGAGUCUGGCGUCAGCAACACCCGGCUCUAUCUGGGGAACCUCCCACGCAAUGGUACGCUCUCUCUCCUGUGGACUUUCAAUGGAUAAGCAGGAUGGCCUGUUCUGGUUGGACACUCGUGUGGCCCCGCGCAAUAUACAUCGUGAGCAUGGAAGGAGGAACUGGCCAUCUCUGCCGCUGCCUUGCUCCUUAUGUUCUGUGCCCCAUUUUCUGCGCUUCGUGUCGGACUGGAGCCGGAGCUGGCGCUUUAUUGGCCUUCGCACCAUCCAGCCAGCCAGCCGACCGAGAGUCCUGACCUGGCAACGCUGACCGGAAUUCGUGAUACAGCUACCAAGGCCGAUGUUGAGAACCACUUCAACACCCAUGGCACCGGCGAGAUUACCGAGAUCAAGCUGAUGAAUGGCUUUGGCUUCAUCGAGUACAAAGAUGCCAUGGAUGCGCGUGAUGUCGUUCCAGCUUUCCAUGGAUCGGAGUUUAUGGGUGAACGACUUGUGGUCCAGUUCGCUCGAGGCUCCACUCGUCCUCGUGAAGGCUUCGAGCACCAACCGCGGAUGGCUCCCCGACCAAGGCGUACUGUCCAUCGCAUGACCAUUACCGGUCUUCCCUUUGAGACUAGCUGGCAGGACCUCAAGGAUUUCGCUCGUCAAUCCGGACUCGAUGUUGUCUACAGCGAGGUCAACCGCGAGCGUGACCCUGCCGGCACUGGCAAAGGAUUUGUCGAGUACGAGACUGCUGCCGACCUAGCGUCUGCGGUCGAAAAGCUCGACAACUCCGAGUUCAAGGGUGCCACUGUCCGCUGCAUCUCUGAUCCCCAAGCGGAUGUUCCACGACCGCGCGAGCGCUUUCGAUCUCGUUCGCCUGGCUUCCGCGGCGGUGGUCGCGGCGGCUAUGGCCCACCACCUGACGAUUACUACGAUCGUCGUGGUCCACCUCGUGGCUACAGCCCACGCCGUGACGACUACCGUCGUCGCACUCCACCGCCGCGCGACUACUAUGGCGGUGAUCCUCGCGAUGACCGCUAUGGCCCACCACGCGGCGGUCGUCCCCCGGUUGAUGACUACUAUGGUCCACCUCGCGGCGGACGCCCACCAGUGGAUGACUAUCCUCCACCACCACGUCGUGGAGGAUACGAGCCAGAGCCGUACGCGAACGGACACGGCCGUGAGCCAUACGCUGGGCGUCCGCGCAGUCCGCCGAGAGACGGCGGCAGAGGCUACGGCGGUGGUAGCGGCGGAGGUCGCGAGCCAUAUGCGGAGCGGCCUUACUGGUGAUUACUAUCACCUUCACCUGGCCUAUGAGUACUAAUGGAAUUAGAUGCACGUGCUAGGACCGAGCGCUUUCACACCAGCACAUACGAGUCUUUUACCUGGUUUGCAACGUAAAAGGGAGGGAAAUCACACGAGUAGUCCCGUCUCUAGACUGUACUCUCACGGGAUUGAUGGAUGGACUCGAGAGGGGACUUUGACAAGGUCGUUUUGGGUGCAUCGGCGAACAGCGAAAAGUGGCGGUUAUGUUUAUUCACUUCACGCUGGUGCGUCUCUUCUCCAUGCAUCGUCCAUACGCAUCCCCUGUGGCUGUGUCACAAUGCGGGCGAAUGGCGAGUUCUCUUCAGAUUGUAAUAUACUCCGGGAGAUGGCCAGUGGCGUUGCAUUCACGUUGACUGGCAUGGUCAGCACGAGCCAGAGUGUAACAUCAGACUGGUAAAGAGUUAAAAACAUGGGUUGAACAGGACAAAUGACAUGCAGUAUCAUCUCUUUGCCCUGUCUUCGAGUGCCCUUGUGUCCCAUACUGAUCCUCUUGUGCAGGAACCUGUAGCCCAUAUGCGUCGAAUCGCACUUCAGUCGUGGCAAUACCAUGGUACAAGUGGGAAUUGAUGACAGCCACGCCUGCACAUGUCCUCUCUUCACCUUUUGCGCUGAGCGUGCUCUUAUUGCUCCAUCUCGCCGACUGUGGCAGACAUGAUGUCUUGUCAAGAGUCGCCUACGUUCCUUCCCAUGGCUUCGUCGUGAAUGCAGGUAGAGAAGUGAUGGGUGAUGGUAGAGGCGAUGGCGACUGCAAGAUUAGUAGGCGCGACCCACAGUCGGUAGGAGACGAGAGGCACGAUUGUUGAGGCUAUGUGGUGUUGGAUGGAGCAAGUGCUGUUCUCUCUCUGGCUCUCUUCCUGUCAACGCUGACUUCUUUACCACCAUCCAUCCAAACAUCAACAGCUCAAUUGAACUGUAUCUUAUAUCAUCGUUGAAAUACCAAC